UCUUACUACCACUCUCUCUCUCCGUUCUUCAAUAUAAGACCAAGCUCAUCACUUCCCAUUCUUACUACCACAAGCUCUUUUUUGCACUACAAACUCUUCUAUCUUCUCUUCUUUCCUGAUACAAGCAUAAGUUCCUCUACUUGCCCAAAGAAGAACAUUAAGUUCUUCUAAACUUUGUAUUCAGUCAUGAUUAAUUCAAAGAGGCUCUUUCUUGCACUACAAACUCUUCUAUCUUCUCUUCUUUCCUGAUACAAGCAUAAGUUCCUCUACUUGCCCAAAGAAGAACAUUAAGUUCUUCUAAACUUUGUAUUCAGUCAUGAUUAAUUCAAAGAGGCUCUUGGAGAUGGCACGCAAAUGGCAGAAGAAAGCCAUCAGUCAAAGGAGAAGAAUAUCCCUCAAAAGAAAUACUAGUGACCAAAUGGAUUCAGUUGCUGCUGAGGGUCAUUUUGUGAUUUAUACAGUAGAUGGAAGCCGAUUCAUGAUUCCCUUAGCGUUUCUUAAUCGCCCCAUCUUUCGAGAGUUGCUCUUGAUGGCUGAAGAAGAGUUUGGACUCACAGGGGGCCAUCCUCUUACUUUGCCUUGCGAGUCAUUUGUGAUGGAGUACAUAGUCCACCUGCUGAACAAGAAUGCAUCAAUGGAGGUGGAAAAGGCAUUGGUCUCCAUGGCAUGUUGCAGAGCCUCUCAUCCUUCUCUAGUCCUUCAACCAUUCUCUGAGCCAAUGAUUCUCCAUAGCUUUUGAGACGUCGCUGUUAAAUCAAAUACAGCCCCAAAGAUUCAAUAUGAAGGGGCAACUAAACCAUCUCUUGUCUUUGUACAUAAAACUCGCAAUUUUGUUCCUAAACAAUUUCUUUAUGCACUACAUCAAAUUUUGGUUCUGGAUGAG